UCCUCCCUCCAACAGCUCCGCGGUGUGUUCACAGACAAGUCUGAGAGCGCGCGCGCACGCACGCACGCACGCACGCCUGCGCCCUGUUUCACAUGCGCACGCGCAGCGACGCGCACUCCUCCUGUUGUCGGACCCGUGAGGAGAGCUGCUCCAACUUCUGGUCGCUUCGCUCCAACUUCGAUUUUUUUUUUCUUUCCUCCAAUGCGCGGAUUUAAUCUGUGUCCCGGACUGAGGAGACCCACUUCACGGACCGGACUGGAUAUGUAAAAGAACCAGGUGGUGACCCAGAACCAGAACCAGAGGGAAAAAAGGAAGCAGAAAUGGAUGAACGGAGUCAUUGUCUCGUUUUGACGCCUUUUUUCUUCUUCUUGGUACUUUUUGGAUUUACUGAGGGACAGUUCUUCCCAGGCGGCUGUACAUUCGAGGAGUCGUACAGCAGCUGUGGAUACAGCGUGUCUCUGGGAACCAAUGGAUUCACCUGGGAACAAGUCAACUCCUGGGAGAAACCCACCAUGGACCCUGCCCUACCAACUGGUUCCUUCAUGGUCGUGAACGCUUCUGGUCGAGCGUCGGGUCAGAAGGCUCACCUGUACAUGCCCACGCUGAAGGAGAACGACACGCACUGCGUCGACUUCCUGUACUCGCUGUCCAGCCGCGACGGAGCCAGCCCCGGCACGCUCAACGUCUACGUCAAGGUGAACGGAGGUGCUCAAGGUAACCCCGUAUGGAACGCCUCAGAUACCGUCACCGAAGGCUGGGUGAAGGCCGAACUGGCAAUUUCUACAUUCUGGCCCAACUCCUACCAGAUAAUAUUCGAAGCGGUUUCAGUCCAAGGUCAUCCGGGUUUCAUCGCCAUCGAUGACAUCAGAGUCCUGGCUCACCCCUGCCGUAAAGCUCCUCACUUCCUGCGGCUGCAGAACGUGGAGGUAAACGUGGGUCAGAACGCCACGUUUCAGUGCACGGCCGGAGGGAAGUGGUCGCAGCACGAUAAACUCUGGCUGCAGCAGUGGAACGGUAAAGACACGGCGCUGAUGGUGACCCGGGUGGUGAACCACCGGCGCUUCUCGGCCACGGUCAGCGUGGGAGACACGUCGCAGCGCAGCACCAGCCGCUACCGCUGCGUCAUCCGCUCAGACGGAGGCUCCGGAGUGUCCAACUACGCCGAGCUCAUCGUUAAAGCUCCGCCCACUCCCAUCGCUCCGCCUGAACUCCUGGCCGUCGGCGCCACCUACCUGUGGAUCAAACCCAACGCCAACAGCAUCAUCGGCGACGGGCCCAUCAUCCUGAAGGAGGUGGAGUACCGCACCACCACAGGAAACUGGGCCGAGACCCACGUGGUCGACGCCCCCACCUACAAGCUCUGGCACCUGGACCCCGACGUGGAGUACGAGAUCAAGGUCCUGCUGUCCAGACCCGGGGAAGGGGGAACGGGACCGCCGGGACCGCCCCUCAUCACCAAGACCAAGUGUGCAGAUCCCGUCCACGGCCCUCAGAAUGUGAACGUGGUGGACGUCCGGGCUCGCCAGCUGACGGUUCAGUGGGAGACGUUUGGUUACGCCGUGACGCGCUGUCACAGUUACAAUCUGACGGUGCAGUAUCAGUACGUAUUCAACCAGCAGGAGUUUGCAGCUGAGGAGCUGAUCCAGACGUCGUCCCACUACACCCUGAGGGGGCUCAGGCCCUUCGUCACCGUCAGGCUGCGACUGGUCCUGGCCAACCCUGAAGGCAGCAAGGAGAGCGAGGAGAUCGUCAAACAGACGGAGGAGGACGUCCCGGGUUCAGUUCCCACAGAGUCUCUGCAGAAUACCCCGUAUGAGGAGAAGAUCUUCAUGCAGUGGAAAGCUCCCAACGAGACCAAUGGGGCCAUCACGCUCUACGAGAUAACCUACAAGGCUCUGAGCUCCUUGGACCCCAGCGCUGAUCUGACCACCCAGAGGGGACGAGUGUUCAAGCUGAAGAACGAGACCCAUCAUCUGUUCGUCGGCCUGUACCCUGGAACGACGUACUUCUUCACCCUGAAAGCCUCCACCAACAAGGGCUUUGGUCCGCCUGUCACCACCAGGAUAUCCACUAAGAUCGCAGCUCCCAUGAUGCCUGAGUACGAAUCAGAAACUCCUCUGAAUGAGACGGAGACCACCAUCACCAUCCUGCUGAAACCGGCCCAGUCUCGUGGAGCACCAAUCAGCUCGUACCAGCUCGUUGUGAAGGAGGAGCGGAAGUCUAAAACCCGGCGCGCCACCUCCGAAACCCAGGACUGUUUCUCGGCGCCCGUCAGCUUCCGCAACGCCUCGGUCUUGAACUCGCCGUACUACAUUGCGGCCGAACUGCCGCCGUCCGGCCUCACGGUGGUUCAGCCCUUCACGGUGGGGGACAACAAAAGCUACGGGGGCUUCUGGAACCCGCCGCUGUCGCCUGCAAAGAGCUACAGCAUCUAUUUCCAGGCCAUGAGCAGAGCCAAUGGGGAAACUAAAAUCAACUGCGUCCGUCUGGCCCGCAAAGGUGCAUCCACACAAGACUCGGAUGCCAUGGAGCCGGAGAAGCAGGUGGACAGCACGGUGAAGAUGGCCGGAGUGAUCGCGGGGAUUCUCAUGUUCAUCAUCAUCCUCCUGGGAGUCAUCCUCACCUUCAAGCGCAGAAGACAUGCUUAUUCCUACUCUUAUUACCUGAAGUUGGCCAAAAAGCAGAAGGAAACAGCCAGCAGCUCCACUCAGCAGAGGGAGAUGGGUCCGGUCACCACGGCCGAUAAGAGCACCACCAAAGUCAGCACCCUGCACAAAGACGACCCGUUCUCCACCUCCAACCAGGAGCUGAAUGGCUUCACCUCCCCCUCCCCCUGCUCCUUUUCCAUGCAGGGAAGCAAGACGCUGCAGAGCAAAUCCCUGCUGAAUUCCUACUACUCAGUGUCCAAAGAGCCAGUUCCAGCCACAACUUCUAUAGACAGCAGCCAGCCCUCACUCGCCCAGCCCUCUCUCACCCUGCAGAGUUUUCCGUACGGUGGCUGUGAGUCUGUGGAGCUCUCCUACCAGAGUGGUCAGUUCCAGGCCGGACAGUUCCAGCCCGCCAUCCGAGUGGCUGACCUGCUGCAACACAUCACACAGAUGAAGUGUGGACAGGGAUACGGCUUCAAGGAGGAGUAUGAGGCCCUGGCAGAGGGACAGGCAGCACCUUGGGAGGCGGCCAAAAAGGACGAGAACCGCAACAAGAAUCGCUAUGGCAACAUUAUCGCAUACGAUCACACCAGGGUCCGACUGCAGCUGCUGGAUGGAGACCCCCACUCUGACUACAUCAACGCCAAUUAUAUUGAUGUGAGUACACACACACACACACACUGUGUGUGUGUGUCAGGACCCAUGCAGGAGACGGUCAGGGACUUCUGGAGGAUGGUGUGGCAGGAAAACUCCGCCUCCAUCGUCAUGGUGACAAAUCUGGUGGAAGUGGGACGAGUGAAGUGUGUUCGUUAUUGGCCCGAUGAGACAGAGGUGUACGGAGACAUCAAGGUGACCCUGAUAGAAACCGAACCUCUGGCUGAGUACGUCAUCCGGACCUUUACCGUCCAAAAGAAGGGCCAUCAUGAGAUCCGAGAACUCCGUCAGUUCCACUUUACCAGCUGGCCCGACCACGGCGUUCCCUGCUACGCCACGGGACUGCUGGGCUUCAUCCGGCAAGUCAAGUUCCUGAACCCACCUGAUGCUGGACCCAUAGUGGUCCACUGCAGCGCCGGCGCAGGCAGGACGGGCUGCUUCAUCGCUGUGGACAUCAUGCUGGACAUGGCUGAGAACGAAGGAGUGGUGGACAUUUUCAACUGCAUCCGUGAGCUGAGGUCGCAGCGAGUCAACAUGGUGCAAACGGAGGAGCAGUACGUGUUCGUCCAUGACGCCAUCUUGGAGGCGUGUCUAUGUGGGAACACGGCCAUCCCAGUGUGCGAGUUCAGAGCUGUUUACUACAACAUCAGCAGGCUGGAUCCACAGACCAACUCCAGCCAGAUUAAAGACGAGUUCCAGACUCUCAACAUAGUGACGCCCAGAGUCCGUCCGGAGGACUGCAGCGUGGGUUUGCUCCCUCGAAACCACGAUAAAAACCGCAGCAUGGACGUCCUGUCGGCGGACCGGUGCCUCCCCUUCCUCAUCUCUGUGGACGGAGAGAGCUCCAACUACAUCAACGCAGCCUUAAUGGAUAGCCACAAACAGCCAGCAGCCUUCAUCGUUACCCAGCAUCCUUUGCCAAACACCAUGGGAGACUUCUGGAGGUUGGUGUUCGACUACAACUGCUCCUCCAUCGUGAUGCUCAAUGAGAUGGAUGCAGCGCAGCUGUGCAUGCAGUACUGGCCCGAGAAGAACUCGUGUUGUUACGGUCCCAUUCAAGUGGAGUUCAUAUCAGCAGACAUCGAUGAAGACAUCAUCAACCGGAUCUUCAGGAUCUGCAACAUGGCCCGGAACCGGAGGAGGACGUUCUGGAACGUUCUGUGCCAUCUGCAGCAUCAACGAGAUGAUCCAGCAGCAGAACAUCGUGGACGUUUUCCACACCGUCAAGACGCUGAGGAACAACAAGACGAACAUGGUGGAGACGAUGGAACAGUACAAGUUCUGCUACGAAGUGGCUCUGGAGGCACUCAACUCCUUCUGAAGAGACGGCAGGCUGGACUUGCUGCUGACGCUGCCCGUCUCCUUCACACUGAGACACUAAGUGCACAAAAAUUUAAAAAACUGCUUCGUGUCGACCCGAAUUCAACCUGUGAGCUGCCCUGUGUGUAUCUGUGUGCCUGUGACAAACACACACCGGUGGUUUUCCUUUGCUUCAGUACGAUGAUGGACUUUACUCGCUUGUACAAAGAGAAAUAAUGUUUAAGAAAAGUGAAAUGUUUAAAAAAAUAAAUAAGAGGCCAUUUUUUUUCUUUGUUUCCUCUCGGCCGGGCUGUGAUGUGACUAUUGUACAGUAUUUCCUUUUUAGAUCUAUUCUACACCUUGAAUGUUGUUUCCUGCUGGAGGCUGGAAGCACACUGGAACAUUUGUACCUUAAACUGUUCUGUUAGCAAAAACUGAGCUGGAACUCUCCGUACAAUGAGAAAUUACAGAAACGUAGAGCUGCUACAUAACAUGGAAUUAGUUUUAAACUGUUUUCUCGUAAUAAUGAGAAAACUGUCAUUUUUCCAAGAGUUUUCUGAAAUUAUUUUUAAACUUGAUCUCGUUAUAACGAGAUCAAGUUUAAAAAUAAUUCAUUCAUGUGACAGCUCUACGCUUCUGUAAGAAAUGAGCUAAAAACAGACAAAGUUUUGGUCUGAUUCAUUUAAAUAUUUAUUUAAAACAGCACUCAGACAAGAUUUGAAUUAAUGCAAAUAUGAUUUUUGUGUCUGUUUUUUUAUAUUUUUGACUUAAGUUUAACAAGAUUUAGAUAAAUACUGCAGUCAAUUAUCUUCCACAUCUCAGACUAUUUAUUUCUGCCAUCAUAAUUUGUUUUAAGGGAUUAUUAAUUAAAUUAUAAUCAUCAAUCUGGUGAAAAUGAUUUAGGAUUUAGCAGCAGGUUUUCCUUAAAAUGUUCAUUACCAUGAAUACUUCUGCUCCUGGAUUUUAUUUUAGUUUUUGAGAGCAACUAAAACAAUUUAAAGUUAAAUUUAAAGGAUAAAAGAUACAGUCUUUAGUGGUGAAAGCCCUCCAGUGUGCCUCCAGAUGUUCUGUAAAUAAAAACAACCACAGUCAAACAAACAAACACCAACAUGAGUCCCAAACAUCUUCAUUUCCUUUUCUCCAUGUCUGAAGAUUUGUUUGCAGCUUUUAGGACCAUCUUUUGUUUUGGGCCAGAACUCGUGAUACUCUGUGGUCCAAAUGUAGCUUCAGCUGUUAACAGAUGUUGAACCUGGGAUCAGAUGCAUGUUGGACAGCUGUAAAUAGACAAAGAGCCAACGUUUUCCCUCGCUAUUUUUGCUAAAAACAAGUCGUUCAUGUUCAGUAAUAAAUCAGUUAAGUGUCCUUGAUUUGGGUCCGAUUCAGGAACCACGUUGGGUUUUAGGGUCAAACCGUCUCUUCCAGAUAAAACAGAGAGUCUGGUUUCAAACAUGGCCUCUGAGUCAAAACAAGCAUUUAAAAAUUCACCCGUUUCAGCUCCUGAUUUAUUUAAACGCUGCAGAAAAGUUGAAGCUAAAAGAAUUUUUAAGCUCUGAACAGUUUUUCUAUAACGGCCUUUUUUUAAAGAGACGAUGUAAAAAAACUAAAGGUUGCAUGUGACGACAUGCGUUUACUGUGUAAAACCAGUGUCAUGCUGUAUGAAACCAGUGUCAUGCUGUAUGAAACCAGUGUCAUGCUGUAUGAAACCAGUGUCAUGCUGUAUGAAACCAGUGUCAUACUGUAUGAAACCAGUGUCAUACUGUAUGAAACCAGUGUCACACUGUAUGAAACCAGUGUCAUACUGUAUAAAACCAGUGUCAUACUGUAUGAAACCAGUGUCAUACUGUAUAAAACCAGUGUCAUACUGUAUGAAACCAGUGUCAUACUGUAUGAAACCAGUGUCAAACUGUUCAGUCUGUGUUUACUUUCUGUCGUUGAGUCCUUCAGGCUCGUUGGACCUACUGAUACAAAGAGUGACCGUGCUGUGCUGAAGACAAUGUGAAUGCCACAAAUCUUUGUUUUUAAUGAGCUUUUAUUUAUUUUGGGGGCUACGUUCAUGGCAAUUAACUUGUUUUAUAUUUUGUUUUUGCCCUAUUUAUUUUAUUUUAUAAAUCUUAAUCAGAUUAUUUGUUUAGCAAAGUGCUGUUUAGACCUGGUGAUGCCAUUUUCAUUGGUUGUUUAGUUGUUUGAAAUGUGGUUAACAUUAAAUAAAAAAGGGACCAAAAUGUUGAA